AUGCCGCACCUCGCCCGUUUCCUCCGCCGCACCCUCCUCGCCCGCAAUGCCGCCCAAGUCCCGCAUGUUCGCGCCCUCUCACGCGCCUUCGCAUCUGUUCUCCAUGCUCGUCGGUCCUAUGCAACAACUACGCGCGCAACCAAACCAACUGCGACAGUGAAGAAGGCGGUCAAGGCUGCGGCAGCUAAGAAGGCAGCGCCCAAGAAGACGACCACAACAGCAAAGAAGGCAGCACCCAAGAAGAAGGCCGCGACAAAGACUGCAGCAAGGCGGACAGCGAAAAAGCCUGCUGCUAAGAAGGCAGCGCCCAAGAGGCCCCGCGUCAAGUUGACACCUGAAGAAAAACACAAGGCCAAGAUCCGUGACCUACGCGUAAAGGCACUCAAGGAGCCCGUGACCCACCGCGCGCUUUCGACCCUCAAUGCCUUUAUAGCUGAGACGACUUCUGGUAAGGGUACUGGAAGGGCCAAGGUUGGAGAUGCCCAGAAAGCGUUCAAGAAUUUGAGCCCCGCUGAGCUCGAGCACUACAACCACAUCGCCAGUGAGAAGAACGCCGCCAGGCGAGCCGAGUAUGAGGCGUGGAUCAAAACCUAUACUCCCGACCAGAUCAGGAUUGCAAACAACGCACGUGCGCAGCUACGGAAGUUGCUCGCGGAUACUUAUAAGACGAAACCUGCCCAUACUGACAAACUUUUGGAUGACCGCGCCGUCAAGCGGCCAACGAGUAUCUUCGCCACCUUUGUCAAAGAAAGGCAUGCCAGUGGAGACUUCAAGAACAUCAACUUGCAGGAUGCCAUGAAACUCAUUGCUAAUGAGUGGAAGGCACUAAGCGCUGGCGAGAAGCAGAAAUACCAGGACGGCUACGUAGCUCAGAGGGACACUGCAGCAGCUGCAUAA